UAUUAAACUGGAAAAACCUACCUAUAAUAUUUGUCAAGCUCGGUCUUUUUCUACUUCCUCUGUUUCCAUUUUUAAGAACCCUAGCCGCCCCUUUCUCUUAAGAGCAAGCCCGACAAUGCCGCCCAAGUUCGACCCGACCCAAGUCGUCGACGUAUUCGUCCGCGUCACCGGCGGCGAAGUCGGUGCGGCUAGUUCCUUAGCCCCGAAGAUCGGUCCGCUGGGUCUUUCCCCCAAAAAGAUCGGUGAAGACAUCGCCAAAGAAACGGCCAAGGAAUGGAAAGGCCUCCGCAUCACCGUCAAGCUCACGGUGCAGAACCGUCAGGCGAAGGUCACGGUGGUCCCUUCCGCGGCGGCGCUAGUAAUCAAGGCGUUGAAGGAACCGGAGAGGGAUAGGAAGAAGACCAAGAACAUCAAGCACAACGGCAACAUUAGCCUCGACGACGUCAUCGAGAUCGCUAAGGUAAUGAGACCAAGGUCAAUGGCUAAGGAUUUGAAAGGUACGGUUAAGGAGAUUCUGGGCACGUGUGUUUCAGUUGGGUGUACCGUUGAUGGUAAAGACCCUAAGGAUUUGCAGCAGGAAAUCGACGAUGGCGAUGUUGAUGUUCCUUUGGAGUGAGCAAUUUUGUUUUUUAAUUUCAAAUUUUGUUGAAUUUUAAGGAUAUGAACAAUUUUCGGAUAUUUUUAUCUUUUGAGUUUAACAGUUAUGGGUUGACUGGUUUUUUUUUUUCUCUUCAAAA